AUUGAAACCGUCCAUAAGGAUUUCGCUUUGCGUGAAUCGAGCCAUCCUUGGAGCCAUCCAUCCGUCCAGCAAGACAAACACAUCGCAUACACACGGAUGAGUCGUUCCACACAAGGACCACCGACAGCAGCAAGGAACACAUUGGCGCCAACACGCCAUUGCAGCUCACAUGCAGCACACCCUUUGCUAUACAUCGCACUUCUCUCUUCCAUACUACGUCUUGUUUGCUUGGAUGUCUCUCGUUGAUCAUGCCAUGAGGGUCACGCCGUUCUUGCAGUCGCGGGGCGUGGUAGCGGCAGUCGACGAGCCCGACACACACGAGGCCUUGGAGUACUGCACCACAGCCUUGGCGCCAACCUGAACCAAAAGAACACAUCAACAAAGAAUGCAUUGCAAAACGACACAUUUAUGGCCACCGCAUCCACGCCCCGCCUGUGUGGAUGUACCUGGCUGAUGUCCGUGUCGAUAUCCUUGAUCUCCUUGACCUUCUUGCCAUCCUCACCGUUGCAUGCGCAGCCGUCCUUCUCGGCACCGUUCGUCGCCGUCACCUUCACCAGCAGGGCAUUGCGGCGCUUCAUGAUGGUAGAUCCGGCUAUGGGGCCCAGCGUGAUGUCGGUGCGGUGCAGCGACGGGUUGAGCCGCGAGUACGUGGGGAUGUGGGGCGUCAGCGGACUCGCACACUCAGCCGCCAUCGGUGCUGUGGGUAGCUGUGGGGCGAAUGCAGAGCCAGACAGAUGGGAACCAACGUAAGUCGAUAGGAGGGAGCGAAAGCAGCGAAAAGGGACACAAUUGAACCGCGAGAAUGUCGAGCCCCACUGGCACUUCG